CUUGGCGCUCCGUCACGUGCAUCACUCCGAGUCUACCUAAAAGACCAUCAACAUUUUGUCUACGCAGCGUAAAUAAAUAAAUACGCCGCGUGGAUAAAUAUUCCUGCGCUCCCAAUCUAAAAACCCAACUUUGAACCAUCUCCUCACUGUAAUCUUUGACAUCAUGCAGUUCCCUACUUCCAUACUGAAACAACUAUCUAAUUUCACAACCAGGCGCGCUUGCAUCUAUCGCUCUCUACAUACCAAGCUGGCAGAAUUUAUCACCCUUGACUAUAAAGGAUCCCUGGUGACACAGAAUGUCAAUGUUGAUUUGGGGCAUGCCCACGAGGCUUUCACAAUGCUCCCAAAAGAAAUUGGUUAUGCUUUCCGAGCAGGCAUCCACUCAUUGGCGAGAGACUCAGACCAGUGUCCCCUAACUUUCUAUCAUGAUUCUCGAUACUUUGCACAUGAAUCGUUACCAUAUCCUCGGCUUGUAAUUCCUCAGGACCUUCCACGCCAGUCUGAUGCCAAUACAAGCCCUGCCACUCUCCAUACCUUUGGAGCUACUCAUACCAUCACACUGGACGGGACUUUCGAUGCAAAAUUUACAAAUCAGCUUCGAGAUUCUCUCCGUGAUCUGAAGGGGCCUUUUGAUGAGCUCAAAGACAAGUAGGACUGUGACAAGGAAUAUCUUAUUGAAGCAACAGGUCAAUUUUUUUGGGUGGGCCAUUGUAUAUAGGUUGAUAUAGAAUUCAAAGCCUCAUGGUUGUCAUUGAUGUACAUGUAAUGUACAUAUGGCAGUUACCCACCCAAUAACUCUGCGGUCAGUGACUUGCGUAACAGAACGGACAUACCCUGCCGGUGGAACUGUUUCAUCCUUCAUGCCCUUCGCCCAAGUAUCGUGAAACCAACCAAACCUUCACGUCUCCUGUCAUGUGCGUCUGACGAUCUUUUUUAUCAAAAUACAAGCAAAGAAGAGCUCAGGGUGGAAAAAUGAAAUUGAUAUUCAACUAAGUUGAGAUAAGCAUGCCUCGUAUUAAUUAUAUAUUAUCCUGCAAAGAAAUCCUUCUUCGGAGGAAAAGAAAAAGGGGACUGCAAGUAUCCGAUUACCAUCCCAGUCCCAUCAAUCUCUUCAGUUGCCAAACUACCGAAUUUAUUGUCUGGUUCACGCUUCGGCGGACUCAUCUAAUUGAGAGUAAUUAAUAUAGUGAUAUCAAAAAUGUUGAAUGGGAAAAUUCAUUUCACUUACCAAGGUUUCCUCUUUUAUUAGCUUUCCGACUUCUUCUUUUCAUAUAUUUUGCUGAGAUCUUCUACGGCUUCGCAUUCGUUGGGUAUUUUCGGCAUUCGUUUAAAUGGGCCCUCGAGCUCCUCUCCUUUAAUCCUAAGGUUGGAAAAUAUGUGGGCGUUAACGACGACGCGACCUGCUGCCAAUCAGCAUACAUGCGAGGCCAGUCGAGGACAUUGAAAAAAAAAAAUGAUCGGUUGACUUCAUACUCUCUUCACUCAACUUAUCCACGUCGGC